CGGAGAAUUGGCGUGAUGUCUGGGGAUAGCAGCAGCCGCCGGUCGGAGGGCCGGGGUCUGGGCCGGGGCCACGACCUCGACCAGGACGCGCAGCGGGACCACACCCGCUCCCGCUCGCGGUCGCCGUUGUCGGCGGGAUCCCGCCGCGGCGCCGCGCCCGAGCGCAGGGAGGCCCCGGAGCGCCCGAGCCUGUACGAGGAGGAGCCAUCGGAUUCGGGGGACGAGGGCCUGGAUCCGGCGAGCCUGGAGGCGGAGGCCGACCAAGGCCUGUGCCGCCAGAUCCGCCACCAGUACCGGGCGCUCAUCAACUCCGUCCAACAAAACCGGGAGGAUAUCCUGAAUGCUGGUGACAGAUUAACAGAGGUCCUUGAAGAGGCCAACACUCUGUUUAAUGAAGUGUCCCGAGCAAGAGAAGCAGUCCUAGAUGCCCACUUCCUUGUUUUGGCUUCUGAUUUGGGAAAAGAGAAAGCAAAGCAGCUGCGUUCUGACCUGAACUCGUUUGAUACGUUAAGAUAUGUUGAGGCUCUACUGACACAUAUGGGUGUGAAUCCGCUAGAGGCUGAAGAACUCAUCCAUGAUGAAGGUGGUUCCGAUUCGGAGUUGUUAGUCUAUGACUCCUGGAAACGAGCAGGCAAAACAGCGGAGAACACCUUUAAUAAAACCCAUACAUUCCAUUUUCUGUUGGGUUCAAUACAAGGAGAGCCCCCUGAGCCAAAGCCACGAGCCGAUCGUCCAAAAAAAACUCGUACGACAGAAGAGCAGAGGGUCAUGCCCACCCAGUUAAAAAGAAUGGAAGAAUCUCAUCAAGAAGCAACAGAAAAAGAAGUAGAAAGAAUCUUGGGCUUGUUGCAAACCUAUUUUCAAGAAGAUCCUGACACGCCUAUCUCCUUCUUUGACUUUGUGGUUGACCCACAUUCUUUUCCCCGUACGGUAGAAAACAUCUUUCAUGUUUCCUUCAUUAUAAGGGAUGGCUUUGCAAGAAUAAGACUUGACGACGAUCGACUGCCAGUAAUAGAGCCUGUUAAUACUAACGAAGAAAAUGAGGGAGUUGACCAUAACACCCAGACGAGGCAUCAAGGCAUCAUAGCUCUGAGUUACCGGGACUGGGAGGAAAUUGUCAAGACCUUCGAGAUCUCAGAGCCUGUGAUUGCCUCAAGUCAGAGCCAGCAGAGGCCGGGCAGCUGAUGUAACCCGAGGCAGAAGAUGCCAACGUAGUCUCAAGUGUCCACCUGAUCCAAGAAGCUCACACCUCACCAGCGUCCCUCUCCAACCCAUUGUCCAGUCCAAUCCCUGUCUGAAGAGUUGGCUUCGGAAAUGGUUCCUGUCCUGGGCCAACAGAAGGUCUGGGAGCCAUGAGCACCGGGGUCCUUCUAGUCUCAGUCAGACCAUUAAGUCUGGUCAUCUGAGAAUUUGGGGUUUGCAUCCUACUGCUCCUGCUCCCUCAGGGGUUCUCUGUUGUGUUCCCCGUCAGGGCAGUCAUCAGCUAUAGCCGGGUACCAUCUAGUUCUUCUGGUCUCAGAAUGAUGUAGUCUCUGGUUCAUGUGGCCCUUUCUGUCUCUUAAACUCUUAAUUACCUUGUGUCCUUGGUGUUCUUCAUUCUUCUUUGAUCCAGGUGGGUUGAGACCAAUUGAUGCAUCUUAGAUGGCUGCUUGCUAGUGUUUAAGACCCCAGACGCCACUCUUCAAAGUGGGAUGUGGAAUGUUUUCUCAGUAGAUUUUGUUAAGCCAGUUGACUUAGAUGUCCCCUGAAACGAUGGUCCCCAAACCCCUUCCCCUGCUACACUGCCCUUCGAAGCAUUCAGUUUAUUCAUGAAACUUCUUUGCUUUUGGCUUAGUCCAGUUGUGCUGACCUCUCCUGUGUUGUGUGUUGUCUUUCCCUUCACCUAAAGUAGUUCUUAUGUACUAUCUAAUUAGUGAAUACCCCUCUCCCACCCUCCCUCCCUCCCCCUUCUCGUAACCACAAAAGCAUGUUUUCUUAGUUUAAAGUAUUUCUCGAGUUCUUAUAAUAAUGGUCUUAUUCAAUAUUUGUCCUUUUGCAACUAAUUUCACUCAGCAUGCUUUCCAGGUUCCUGCAUGUUACGAAAUGUUUCACAGAUUCUUCACUAUUCUUUAUCGAUGUGUAGUAUUCCAUUGUGUGAAUAUACCGUAAUUUGUUUAUCCAUUCAUCCAUUGAUGGGCACCUUGGUUGCGUCCCUCUUUUUGCUAUUGUAAACAGUGCUGCAAUAAACAUGGGUGUGCAUAUAUCUGUUUGUGUGAAGGCUCUUAUUUCUCUAGGAUAUAUUCCGAGGAGUGGGGUUGCUGGAUCAUAUGGUAGUUCUAUUUCUAGCAUUUUAAGGAAGUGCCGAAUCGAUUUCCAAAGGGGUUGUACCAUUUGACAUUCCCACCAGCAGUGUAGAAGUGUUCCAAUCUCUCCACAGCCUCUCCAACAUUUAUUCUUUUGUGUUUUUUGGAUUAAUGCCAGCCUUGUUGGAAUGAGAUGAAAUCUCAUUGUAAUUUUGAUCUGCAUUUCUCUAAUGGCUAAUGAUCGUGAACAUUUCCUCAUAUAUCUGUUAGCUACCUGAAUGUCUUCUUUAGUGAAGUGUCUAUUCAUAUCUUUUGCCCAUUUUUUAAUGUGGGUUAUUUGUCUUUUUGCAGUUGAGUUUUUGCAGUAUCAUGUAGAUUUUAGAGAUCAGGUGCUGAUCAGAAGCGUCAUAGCUAAAAACUUUUUCCCAGUCUGUAGGUAGUCUUUUUGCUCUUUUGGUGAAGUCUUUGGAUGAGCAUAGGUGUUUGAAUUUUAGGAGCUCCCAGUUAUCUAGUUUUUCUUCUACAUUCUUUAUCAUGUUUUGUAUACUGUUUAUGCCAUGUAUUAGGGCUCCUAACGUUGUCUGUAUUUUUUCUUCCAUGAUCUUUAUCGUUUUAGAUUUUAUAUUUAGGUCUUUGAUCCAUUUUGAGCUUGUUUUUGUGCAUGGCGUGAGGUAUGGGUCUUGUUUCAUUUUUUGCAGAUGGAUAUCCAGUUAUGCCAGCACUGUUUGUUAAAAAGACUGUCUUUUCCCCAUUUAACUGUUUUGGGGCCUUUGUCAAAUAUCAACUGCUUAUAUGUGGAUGGAUUUAUGUCUGGAUUCUCAAUUCUGUUCCAUUGGUCCAUGUAUCUGUUGUUGUACCAGUACCAGGCUGUUUUGACUACUGUGGCAGUAUAGUAGGUUCUAAAAUCAGGUAAAGUAAGGCCUCCCACUUUGUUCUUCUUUUUCAGUAAUACCUUGUUUAUCCAGGGCCUCUUUCCCUUCCAUAUGAAGUUGGUGAUUUGUCUCUCCAUCUCAUUAAAGAAUGUCGUUGGGAUUUGCAUCGGAAUUGCAUUAAAUGUAUAGAUCGCUUUUGGUAGAAUAGACAUUUUUAUAAUAUUAAGUCUUCCUAUCCAUGAGCAGGGUAUGUUUUUCCACUUAUGUAAGUCUUUUGGUUUCUUGCAGAAGUGUACUGUAGUUUUCUUUGUAUAAGUCUUUUACAUCUCUGGUAAGAUUUAUUCCUAAGUAUUUUAUCUUUUUGAGGGCUACUGUGAAUGACAUUGAUUUGGCGAUUUCCUCUUUCAUGUUCUUUUUGUUGGUGUAGAGGAAUCCAACCGAUUUUUGUGUUUAUCUUGUAUCCCGAUAACUCUGCUGAACUCUUCUAUUAGUUUCACUAGUUUUCUGGAGGAUUCCUUAGGGUUUUCUGUGUAUAAGAUCAUGUCAUCUGCAAAUAGAGAUACUUUUACUUCUUCCUUGCCAAUCUGGAUGCCCUUUAUUUCUUUAUCUAGCCUAAUUCCUCUGGCUAGGACCUCCAAGACAGUGUUGAAUAAGAGUGAUGAUAAAGGGCAUCCAUGUCUGGUUCCCGAUCUCAAUGGGAAUGUUUUCAGGCUCUCUCCAUUUAGGGUGAUGUUGGCCGUUGUUUCAUGAUUCUUGUCAGAGGUUUACACUUUAGGAAGAUAAAACAACUAGACAGUAAAAAAACUUUGUUUUUUAGAAUUUAAUGCAGAAAAAUAUAGUAGAGAAAUUUGUCACUUAAGAUCGAGCACAGUCACAUUUAGGCGUCCUUGAGACCUCUUUGAGCUCUGGUGGUGCAGUGGUUAAGAGCUCAGCUGCUUACCAAAAGGUCAGCAGUUCAAAUCCACCAGCCGCUCCUUGGAAACCCUAUGGGGCAGUUCUACUCUGUCCUAUAGGGUCGCUAUGAGUCAGAAUCAACGCGACAGCAAUGGGUUUGAGACCUAUUGGUCUUAACCUGAUUACUUAGCAAGUAGGUUCUAUGUUUAACACCCUGGGUUAUAAAUAUUUUCUCUGGCUUCUCUUAGCAGCAAAAGAAUGAUUUUAUAAUAUAAAUUUAGGAAAAAAAAGUAUGUUUAGAUCCAAGAGAUCUGCUUCCUAUUUGCCUUUUGAGUAAAACUAAUUCCUUUAGUUUACUUUCAGUUUAGUUAACUGCCAACAGUUAACUUGCUAGGUGCUAGCGGAAAGAUUAGAGGUUUGCAUGCACCCAGAAGUGCUUUAGAAGAACAGCCUGGCGAUCGACUUCUGAAAACGCAGCUACUGAAGACCCCACGGAGCACAGUUUACUCUGACACACAUGGGGUCACCUUGAGUUGGAGCUGACUCUAGGGCAACUGGUUUAAUUCCUUUCUUAGGGACACAGACCUGUAUUUCUGCUUUCAUGUUUUUCUUUUCUAAGAGGUUCUUAUGGUAUUGUUUCCAUAGCAACAUUUAUUGAGUUUACUCAGCACUAGACACUGUGCUGUGAACUUCCAUGGAUUAUUUUACUUAAUCUUCAAAACAACUUGUUAGCCCCCAUUUCAUGGUAGAACUGUGGCCGGGAGAGGUUCAAGGGACUUGUGAGAGGUCCUGGGGUUGGUUUCAGGGGCAGGGUUUGUGUCCAUGUGACUCCAGAAUACACACCUCCCACCAUGUAAGACACCUGUUCCCAAAUAAAUGAGCACUCUUGUCUUUAGUCCAAACAGAAGGGAUGUAAUACCUACUGUUCUUCUGUGCUUAGGGCCAGCCAUUCUGAGUCUGUCACCCUCAGAGGCUGGCAGGAUGAGGCCUGAUCCUUUGAGGGCUCCCUCCCGGGUCCCCUCCUGGCAGCGCCGUUGGUCCUGUCCUUGCAACUUGCAGCCUCACGCCUUCUCUCUGCGGCAUUUUGUGCUUCGGCCUUGGCCCUCUCAAUCGCCAGCUUUACAUACAGCAUCUUUGCUUUUCAGUCCUCUCUGCGCCUGCCCCCUAAACUGCUCUGUAGCGCGCUGAGUUUCCUCUUCCUGAAAACACUCUCUCCCGUCCGUUUCAGCCUUUCAGCUGUCUACUGCUGACCUGUACAGCUCCUUGGGGUGAUUUCUAGGGUAACCAGAAGUCACAAGUGUUUGUGUGUCAUCGCUGUCCUGGACUGAGACUACUGUGAGGUGGGAUAUGAAGACAUAGUCUGGUUGGCAGGGGAUGAGCGCCCCCCAGUGUGAGCUGGGCUGCCUGCCGCCUUAGACACUAGGAGGGGCUGAGUUCACAGAGCCCCCCACCUCCGGGCACCUUUAAAGGCAGCAUGCACACCUUUUUCACUUCUGUCUGUUAGGAACGUACAUAGCGUCUUUUCCAUAGAAGUAGAAUUGGCGGAAGCCUUGGAGUGGAUCCUGCAGGAACACACACAGUAGCUGGUGGAGGCAGACCAGUGCGUGUGGCCCAGCCGCCUGUCAUCAUCGCUGAGCGUGCUGCUCACUUAAAUGCUCCUUUGCUGCCACAGAGUUUCUGAGCUUUUAAGAAAGUUUAAUGUAUUUUUACCCGCUGCUGUUGAGUCAAUUCUGACUGCCUCAUAGCCACCCUACAGGACAGAGUAGAGCUGCUCCAUAGGGUUUCCAAGGAGCGGCUGGGUGGAUUUGAGCUGCUGACAACUGGGGCUCCUUUUUAAUCACACGUUAUUUAAUUGGGCUCCUAACAGUCAUUAGUUAAAGGCAGGGAAGCAAAAAAUACACCACGGUUGAAAUACAAAUCAAUGACAAUGACUCUGCGUAUUUACUUCAAGAUAUUCUUUACCACAGAGGUAAGCUACAUUCGUCUGGACAGAGUUAUCAUGUAGCCCAUUCACAAGUGUCUAGUUCCUAAAAAAAAAAGUGAAAGGAGAAAAUAUUGUGAUUAAUUAUAACCCAGCUUCUCAUUUAUUAGGAAUAAAAUCUCUCCCAAAACGUGCUGUUUUUAGAGAUGUGCUUGAAAACUGUAGCCUAAAACUGGUAUCAUUCAGAAUAAAACAGAUUGAUAAAAGUAAGUAUGUGUAUUUUAUGCUUAAAAAAU